AUGAGCGGGGGCCGCUUUGACUUUGACGAUGGUGGAGCGUACUGUGGGGGCUGGGAAGGGGGGAAGGCACAUGGGCACGGACUGUGCACUGGCCCCAAGGGCCAGGGUGAAUACUCAGGCUCCUGGAAUUUUGGCUUUGAAGUGGCGGGCGUCUACACCUGGCCCAGUGGGAAUACCUUUGAGGGAUACUGGAGCCAGGGCAAACGACAUGGGCUUGGCAUAGAGACCAAGGGGCGCUGGCUUUACAAGGGGGAGUGGACACAUGGCUUCAAGGGGCGCUACGGAAUCCGGCAGAGCACGAGCAGCGGUGCCAAGUAUGAGGGCACUUGGAACAAUGGCCUACAGGACGGCUAUGGCACGGAGACCUAUGCAGAUGGAGGGACCUACCAAGGCCAGUUCACCAACGGUAUGCGGCAUGGCUACGGCGUGCGCCAAAGUGUGCCCUACGGGAUGGCAGUGGUGGUGCGCUCCGCGCUGCGCACGUCGCUGUCCUCACUGCGCAGUGAGCACAGCAAUGGCACGGUGGCUCCGGACUCGCCGGCGGCGGACGGGCCCGUGCUGCCCUCGCCCCCGGUACCGAGAGGUGGCUUCGCGCUCAGCCUGCUAGCCACCACAGAGGCUGCGCGUCCCCCAGGGCUGUUCACACGUGGCACGCUACUGGGUCGGCUGCGACGCUCAGAGUCGCGCACGUCGCUGGGCAGCCAGCGCAGCCGCUUGAGCUUCCUGAAGAGCGAGCUGAGCUCGGGCGCCAGCGACGCAGCGUCCACCGGCAGUCUGGCCGAGGGCGCCGAGGGCCCCGACGACACGGCCGCGCCCUUCGAUGCCGACAUCGACGCCACCACCACGGAGACCUACAUGGGCGAGUGGAAGAACGACAGGCGCUCAGGCUUCGGCGUGAGCGAGCGCUCCAGCGGCUUGCGCUAUGAGGGAGAGUGGCUGGACAACCUGCGCCACGGCUACGGCCGCACCACGCUGCCCGACGGCCACCGUGAGGAGGGCAAGUACCGCCACAACGUGCUGGUCAAGGGCACCAAGCGCCGCGUGCUGCCGCUCAAGAGCAACAAGGUACGCCAGAAGGUGGAGCAUGGCGUCGAGGGCGCGCAACGGGCAGCAGCCAUCGCCCGCCAGAAGGCUGAGAUCGCCGCCUCCAGGACAAGCCAUGCCAAAGCCAAGGCUGAAGCAGCGGAACAGGCUGCCCUGGCUGCCAACCACGAAUCCAACAUUGCCCGCACAUUGGCCAAGGAGCUGGCCCCAGACUUCUACCAGCCAGGUCCUGAGUAUCAGAAGCGUCGGUUGCUCCAGGAGAUCCUGGAGAACUCGGAGAGCCUGCUGGACACCCCGGAGCGGGGUGCAGGCGCCGGCCUCCCCGAACGGCCCCGGGAGAGCCCGCAGCUGCACGAGCGCGAGACCCCACAGCCCGAGGGAGGACCCCCGUCUCCGGCUGGGACGCCCCCACAACCCAAGAGGCCCCGACCCGCAGCGUCCAAGGACGGCCCGCCGCCGGCGCCAUCGCGCGAGCCAGAGGUGGCGAUGUACCGUGGCUACCACAGCUACGCGGUGCGCACCGGCCCUCCGGAGCCGCCGCCCUUGGAGGACGAGCCUGAGCCGGAGGCCUCCGGAUCCAACUCCGCGCCCCCGUCCCCCUCUUCUGCCACCGCCCCAGAGGAACAGCCCUCGGCACCGCGAAGUCUGGUGCCCGCCACGCCCGCCACUCUGGAGCCCAAGCCCAUCGUUCCCAAAGCCGAGCCCAAGGCCAAGGCGCGCAAAACCGAGGCCAGAGGGUUGAGCAAGGUCAAGAAGAAGGGUCGUAAGGAGGUGGCACUGGCGGCAGAGGCCGAGGUGGAGGGGGAGGAGGUACCCAACACUGUCCUCAUCUGUAUGGUCAUCCUGCUGAACAUUGGUCUGGCUAUCCUAUUUGUUCACCUCCUAACUUGACCCUCAUCUACCAGAGCCAGGGGUUCCACUGAGGAUGCCAGGACCUGUCUUUCUGCAAUGCCAAGCAGGUGUCCCAGGAGGACUGGACCGUGGACCUGAAGCCUUGCUCGACCCACUCCAUGGGUGGCCUUCCCGUGAGCCCUGGGCGCUGGGGUGCCUGAGGAGAAUGUUUAGGUACCCUCCAGCACAAAGGACACCCUGAGAGAAGAAGAGUUCUGGUCGUCCCUACCCCCUUGACCUGCUCCUGCAUCUGUCCUCAGCCCUGCCUCGCCUUGCCCUGCCAGCGUUCCCUGGGAUUUUGUUUGUUUCGAGAGAUGUCACCCUAGAAAGAUAUUAAUACAAAUCUCUUCCUCUAUGUGCAACCACCAAUCUAGUGCUCUGGUUGAUGGCUUGAGGCCACCCAGGAAGAUGAGGGGCACAGAAGUCCCUUGGGUAGUGAAGGUGUGAAGACGCUGGGGUAGUGCAGUCCUCCCCAGUCCAUGUUGCUCCAGAGUUUAGAGAGUUCCGGAGGGCAGUGAAGGAAAUGAGAAUCCCAGUUGAGUAUAUCAUCGGGCAAUGCUCUGCAUUCUCCCACCAGUUCAGUUGGCAUCCCCUAGGACCAGCAGCAGGGGAGACCUGAGCAUCUGAGCCUUUGGCCAAGAAGUCACCUUCAGGAGUCUGCGGUGGGGUGGGAAGAAGGCAAGGCAUGUUGGUGAUGGCCCCUGAUUUUGAGUGAGCCUGGGCCUAAGGCUGGAGUUCAUCUGGGGUCACUGAUGUGUCCUGGGGUCAUUGUGUAGGAGCCCUAGGCCUGAGAGCUACAGCUACUGUGAUGUAUUGGCUUAGAGGAGCAUGGUGAUGUAUUAUGAGUGGGGAUCAGAGGGGCAUGGUGUGGACGCCUGUGGAAGUCAAGGCCUACAUCCCUGGCGCAUAUUCUCUGGCGGAGAGAGGCUGGAGACAAGCACUAUCCAGGAAGACAGGAGUCAGCCUGGACUCCAGCUGGGGGCAGCCUGUGCAGUACCGAAUUGUGCUUGGCAGAAGAUUUACUUGCAUGCACCUCACUUACAGACAUUUGCACCACACUGCGUGUUUGGGCCCUUGGACUUGCUGGGUGCAGCAUGGCAGCCCAGGACUUGUGGUCCCCUAUUCCCAGGAGGAUGGAAGGAAAUAGUUUCCAGGCCCCCCAAGCUGAGUUGGAGAAAACUGCUGACUCACUCUGACUUCAUUUCUUUGGACCUCUUGGACUUGCAUAGAAGCUGGGCCUCCUCUUAGAACAGUCUUGAACAUGGACAUUGGGGGGUCAGCUUCCUUUUCCUCUCAGUCCAUGAGCAUCUUCUCUUUGAGUGUCACGCUGGCUGUCCCCUGCACUGCUGGGGCUUGGUGACUUGGCUGGAAUCACUUUUCUACAGAGAGGAGCCUGCGGAUGUUCCUGUACUAGCCAGUGUGGGCAGGACUUUGCCUCUGGUUGGGUUUUCCUGGACUCUAGAGAAUAGGGAUGGGUGGGUGGAGGUUACUCAGGGUGACAGGACCCAGGCCUUGGCUCUGAGAUCAUUGCUCUACUAUGGGUUUUGUCCAACCCUGGGGACAAGCUUGUGACUGUCAAAGCUAUCAAGAUUGUUUUAGGAGGUAUGUAUGGUAUGGGAUGGGUUCAGGAUGCCAAGUCUGUGCCAAAAAUAAAUCUGCAUCUUCUCACAGCUCCA